AUGCACAUCAGUCAACUCAUCGAAAAUUUAACCGAAAAAGCGGUGAUCACGCCUCUGACGCCGUCCAGUGUCAUUGUAUUCGACAAAAACGAGCUCAAAGUCUAUUUGGGCUUCACAAAUAACCGAGGAACGGUGGAGUACGCGAAAGAAGUGGUGAGAAGCCGAAAAAACGGUCUAUUUUAUAAAAACGACUUCAGAUUCUGCUUUUGUCGACGCCGAUCCAACCGAAAGCCGAAAUUCGUCAAGUAGUCGUGUCAAAAAAUGGUUUUCAAGACAUUACUUAGUUUUCAAAAAAAUUCGACUAUUUUGCAGGCGAUUACGCGAUUCUCGAAGGCUCCAGAAGUGUAUACGUUGUUAGAAUCGGCACUGAAAUUCUGGUUUCGAAGCCGGAUCGGCUGCCGAACGAAUGUUUCUGCGAGUGCUACCCACUUCACGACAGCUUCCUCCUCCAGAAUUCUUCGCUUUCAGUCGUCCAAACAAGGAUUUUAUCACAGAAAUGCGACGAGAAAACGAUCGCCGCCAUUUUGUACUCUGACAAUUGCAUUCGGUCCGUGUUUUCUCGAAGAUUUUCCGUCAAAUAUUGCUGAAAUUGCAGAUUCUACAACAUCUACCGCAAAAGUGAAGCUCUUCUGCUCACCAUUGAUUUCCGUCACCACCUCCAUCAAAGCCACGACGAGAGCGUCUCAAACAACACGUUUGGACUUCAAAAAGCACUCGGUUUGCCGGAAAGCAAAGAGAAUUCCUCAAAUAAUUUAAACAUUUCAGUUUCGUUCGACAUGAUUCCGCCGCAGCCGAAAACCUCGUACCUCUCAUUGAUUGUCGUCGAUUCGGACGCCGAGUUUUUCGCCUCUUUUGUCUAUUUUUCAUGUAUUUAUUGACUUUUUCAACAGAAUCAUAAUUUUUGUAUAUUCAGGCUUCAAGGAGGGGAUUUCACCGCGAAUUCACCGUCUGGAGACUGUCGACAGUCUUCCGUGCGAUCCGCUGGCUUUGCACUAUCUGGAGACGUCGAAUCCGAGGAUUUCGUCCGUGUUCGCACUGGUCUCCGGCGGCGGCGUCCUCAGCCAUCUCGUCGUGUUCCCCAACGAGUUCGGAGAGUUUCAGUAAGUUUUUCCAUCUAAAAUUUGAAGUUUUCUUGUUUUCCAGGUUGCUCGUCAACGAUCAGCUGCGUCUUCCGGAUUGCAACGGAGAUCCGCGGAUUGUGCCGAAUCAGAUCCGAAAACUGAACCGAAAUCGCUACGAAAUCGCCACUUCCACGUGUCUUUUCUCGGUCAACAUCUCCCCGUGGUUCGACAAUAUCCUAUCCGGGUAAGCAGACCUCUCAAUCCCUUCAAAAACCUGAAAUGUUCAGUUCUUCCGACCCGAAAACCCAAGAAACCCGAGUCUGUGAGCUCGUGAACGUCGUCACCGACUCCGCGGAACUCUCCGUUUCCUCCAAGAAGCCUUACACCGGCGCACGUGCGCUCCGAGCCGUUUCAGUGCUUUUGGCACGUCAUCUGGAGCAAGAAGAAGACGAAAACGAUGUGAACGCCGAGCCCGAAGUGCUGCAUUUGGUGAUUUUAAGCACAACGGAUGGCGAGCCGACUCUUGUCUUUUCAGUUUCCACGUAAGCCAUCAAGUUUCAGCUCAAAUCGGAUUAUAAACACUUUUAGAUUUGACAAUCAUUUCGGAGGUAAAACUGGUGCUCAUGCCGCUAGAAGCAGUGAUCCCGCUCCGGCGACGACAGUGAAAAGUUCGAGUACUCUGGAGCAGCAGCUCGCGGAGCUCAAGCCACUUCCAGCGUGUGUGUAAGUGCUCACAGCCUUCUUCUCCCGGCAUUUCCCUCUCUUCAGAAUCUCUGACAGAAUCUCUCCAGAAGAGGCCAUCGCGGCAGCCCUUAAAUUCGUCGAUUCUGUCGACGAGCGCCUCAAGAAGCACGGGGAACUGGCGAACGCAGUCGUCGAGCGGUGUCUGGGUCUCGCCGCCACUUCGCAGUUGCUCGACGAGAAGCAGCAAAGUGUCGACGAGCGUCUCAUCGCUGAAACGACGGCCGCCGAGGAGCUGAAGGUGCGGAUGCACGAGCUGAAGGCGCGGAUGGACGCGACGCGCAAGGCGGCCAACGUGCUCUUCCACCGCGUCGACGAGAACGUUCCGUUGAGCGACAACGAGGUGCGCAUCUAUGAACGGCUCAAGGAGCACCAGAAGAUGCUCUCCGACAUGAGCAUCUACGUGCCCAAGAUGACACUCGACUCGAACGAACUGCACCGGAUGGCCGAGGUUGUGGAGAAGCGGCGCGGCGGCGAGGAGCCCAGCAAAUUUGCGAAUAUUGAGAAAAAGUAGAUUCGUAUUUACAAAACUUGUAAAUUUCGUUAUUUUUCAGCGCCAUCGACAUUGAAAAUCUGGAGAAACGGGAGAUCAAGCUCAAUUCGGGCAUUUCGGAAUUCGCCGUUUAA